CCUUUUUGCUUUCGGAUCAAUUUUUUCUGUUGUUGCUUGUAGUCCUCAUAUCAUCUUCGUUUUUUCUUUUAUAUAGGAUUUUUAGUGAGGAUGUCUGAAGAAACCUCUUCCGCUACUUCCUUGCCCACUCCAGUGGAAACGCAAAUUGAGAUGACUAGAGAACGUGCCCUUCGGGAAGUUCUUAAACAAGCUUUAGUUAAAGGUGGCUUGGUCCGAGGACUGAAGGAAACGGUUAAGGCUCUUGACUCGAAUGUAAAGAUUGUGGAAUUUUGUAUUUUAGCUUCUGAUUGUGAUGACAAGUCGUAUAUUCAACUUGUUGAAGCUUUAUGCCGGAAGAAUAGCAUUCCACUUUUACGCGAAGUUGAUAAGCUUUCUUUGGGCGAGUGGUGCGGCCUUUGUAAGAUCAACAUUGAAGGCGCUGCAGUGAAAAUCACCAGCUGCUCCUCUGCGGCUGUCCUUAAGGAUGCUGCACCUACAAUUGAUAGUCCUUCUGUUGCAUACGAGUUUCUUUUAUCUACUUUGGCUUCGUGAACGACUAUAGCAUUAUUUUUUUCAUAAGAUUUUACUCUAAUAACUUUG